UUUUAAUUUGAUUAAAAUAACAAAUAUUGAAUAUAAGUUUAUUCACCCAAAUGUGAAGAACAUUGUUAACGUUAUAUGUAUAUGCAUCAUGUUCAUGUUCGAUAUAGUAGUGAUAGGAAUAGUAAUUUUUAUCUUAGGUUAUUUGUGUUUGUUCAUAAGACAACGAAUGACAUUAACUGAUCUUCCUGGACCAAAGCCUGAUAUAUUUUUGACACAUUUUUUUGACAUUAAACUAAGACCCAAUCAUGAGUACCUUGGGACUCUUAUGAAAUACCAUGACCUUUAUGGACCAGUUAUUAAGGUUUACGACGGUCCUCUUCAAGUUGGUGUUUUAAUUAAAGAUGCAGAAUUAAUUGAACGCAUAUUAAGUUCAAACAAGCUCAUAGACAAAGCUGAACGAUACGAAUUCAUCCACAACUGGCUUUCUAUGGGAUUAUUGACCAGUACAGGUACCAAGUGGAGACAACGUAGAAAACUAUUAACACCAGCAUUCCAUUUUUCAAUACUUAACAAUUUUGUUGAAAUAUUUGCUACCGUUGGAGAUGUCUUUAUUGAAGUAUUACAGGAACAUAUCAACAAACCCAGCGUUGAUAUCACCCCCUUGGUAUCUUUGUGUACAUUAGACCUUAUUUGCGAGUCUGCCAUGGGAGUUAAGUUGAAUGCUCAAAAGAUGAAGACCUCUAAAUACAUUGAAGGUGUCAAAACUAUGUGCCGAAUCGUAGGUGGAAGAUUAUUUAGUAGUAUUAAUCCACGUUUGUACAAACUUACUUUUACCUACCUUAGAGAAUGGAUGACAUUGAAGAUAGUUCAUGGACACACAGAUAAUAUUAUCGAUCAACGAAUUAUUGAGAAGGCGAAAAAUAAAAAUAUUGGGAGCUAUUCAUCUACUAACGAGAAGCCUGUAUUUUUGGAUAUUCUCUUAGAUUCUACUAUAGAUGGAAAAUCAUUGUCAAGAUUGGAUAUAAGGGAAGAAGUAGACACUUUUAUGUUCGAGGGCCAUGAUACAACUGCAUCAGCUGUAAGUUUUGCCCUAUAUUCGUUAGCAGCUAAUCCAAAAAUACAGAAAGAAGUAUAUAUUGAACAGCAAUCCAUUUUUACCGAUGAUUUAAAAAAUGUGCAACCAACUGUGGCACAAUUAAAUGAAAUGAAAUAUUUGGAGUUGGUCAUAAAAGAAACGCUUAGACUGUAUCCCUCGGUGCCGUAUAUAGGAAGAAAAUUGUCAGAGGAUGUAAUGCAUAACGGAAUGCUUAUACCAAAGGGAAUCGAUGUGAUGUUAUUCAUAUUUGCUUAUCAUCGAGAUGCAGAUGCUUUUCAAGAUCCUUUAAAAUUCAAUCCGAAUAGAUUUUUAGAAACAAAUAGACUAAAUCCCUAUCAAUAUACUCCUUUUAGCGCAGGACCUCGAAAUUGUAUAGGGCAAAAAUUUGCGAUGCUGGCAAUGAAAAGUACAUUAUCAAAAGUAAUAAGGAAUUUUGAGUUGUUGCCGUCUACUCCCAACCCUGAUCUGCAGUUAGUUCCAGAUACAAUUCUUAAAUCAAAGAACGGUGUCUGCAUUUCGCUAAAACUUAGAAAUUAGUCUAUUAACAAUACGUGACAAUAAUAUGUUUAUACUUUUUUUUGUGUGAGUAAUCCACAAUGGUUGUAUAAUUUUUUUUUUAAUAAAUUCAUUUAAAGUUUA